CAUUCGAUUUUAUUCUAUUAUCACUCAGCGAUAAAAUAAUAUUUUAGUUAGAACGAAUAACACUUGAUCGAAGAAAAUAAUGCACUUUUUGCGAAAAUGUUCAAUAUUAUUUCGUAAUAGUAUGUAUUUACAAAAGAGAUCUUUAACAACAAUAAAGUCAUGGAGUUUCGAUACUGAUCCUUUCGGAUCCCUAAGUUUGUUUAGUAAGAGAUUCGCUGAUGUUUAUAUAAGGACUUUAGAUCCUCAAGCUUUUCCGCAAAUGAACAAAGUUUUUAUCGAUGUUGUAUCCGCUAAUGAUAUGAAAGAACUGAAAAACCGAGAACUCGAUUUAAAUGUAUCUAUGAAUAGCAAAUUCCGGCUGAACAUAUCGACCGAAAGUGAAAUGGAAGACAAUUUUAAGAUAUUAAUACGAAUGCCAAUAAAAUUCGAAAUUGAGGCGUCAAUUUGUGGAAAUAAAAAAAUUGAAAUAGCUGAUAUAGAAAAUUACUUAGUUCAGGUUACAACAGAAGAUGGAGAUUGCCUACUAAAAAAUAUAAAAACAGCCGAUUUGAGCUUAUCCAGUAUUCGGGGUAACAUCCAUUGUUUUGGAAGCUUAUUAGCAGCAUCAAAGAUUCAGACAAAAAGUGGUGAUGUAACUAUAGGGAAAUGCUUGGGUCCUCAACUAAACAUUAAAGGAGAAACGGGAAAAAUUUCUAUUAGUUCUCUCUAUUCAGAAAAAUCUUCAAUCAAUUCACAGAGUGGUGACAUUCAAAUUAAACAUUGUCACAAAGAUUGUUCUAUUACUAGUAAGGGGGGCUCGAUCCAAAUUGGUUGCCUCUCCGGAAACUUAAAAUGUAAAUCAGAAGGCGGAAAUUUAGAUUUAUACGUAGAGAAUACGACAGAGAGCGAAUUAGCUCUUGUUGGGGGGCAUGCUAACCUAAAAUUAUCUGAAAAAUUAAAGUCGAUAUUGGAUCUCGAGGCAAAAGACAUCAACAUGACCGAAAAUAUUCCCUUCAUACCUCUAGAGCAGAAUGUCUCCCACCCUAAAGUUGUAGGAGUAAUCACUGAUGAAGAGAAUAUAAAAGAUGAUCAUUUUGUUCCUAAGGACGUAAAAAUACCGAAGAGUAUUAUUAAAGCACACUCGGCCUCAGGAACUAUUUCAGUUUCUAUUCAAAAUUGGUUUCAGUCUUUGCAAUUGAGUAUGCUAGAGAAGAAACAAGACGAUUGA